AUGGAAGGCCGUAUACCAGCUAAAAUCCAAAAUCAUGGAAUAAAAUAUUGUCCACAUUAUGAACUACAACCUGGCUUUGAUCCAAAUAUUACUCAAAGAAAAUUAAGAUUUGGUCCUAAAAUUGAUGGAAAUGUCCAGGCAGUGAGAGGAGAAGAUAUAGUUAAUUUCUCUGAUAGAGAGAUCAUUUUAGGAGAGUCAUUGCCUGACCAUCGAAAGGAAGUCGAAACUGAUCUAAAUGGAGAAACACAGACUGAAGAAGACAAAAAUUCUGAUGAUGUAAGUUUUAGACCAUUCAUUGGUUAUCCUGCUAAACCAGUGAGAUAUGAAAUAUAUCUUGACUUUAUAAAGAUAGAAGAAAAAUAUUCACCCAAAGAAAUUGCCUCAAAGGAUACGAAAAGAGAAGAAUGA